UGGUCCUGGUUCUGGACACAUAUGGCUGGAUGAGGUGGAGUGUGAGGGGAAUGAGACGUCCCUGUGGAGCUGCUCUUCUCCAGGCUGGGGAAAACAUGACUGCAUACACAAGGAGGAUGUAGGAGUAGUGUGCUCAGAGUUUAGAGAGGUCAGAUUAACUGAGGGCUGUGAAGGGAAUGUGGAGGUUUUCUACAAUGGAUCCUGGGGAAAUAUAUGUUACAACAAGAUGGAUAGAGACACAGCAAGUCUGAUCUGUCAAGAGCUGAACUGUGGAAGAUCUAGCAGUGAACCAAGAUAUUCAGUGGGACUGAGAUCUGCUCCUUAUUGGUUAGAUCAUCUUAGUUGUCGAAAACACGAUGGGACAUUGUGGCAGUGUCCAUCCUUACCCUGGGGCCAGAACAACUGUUAUGAUAAUGAGGUGGCCAAUAUCAAUUGCUUUGAGAAAAAGAAUCUUCCUCAGAGUCAUCUGACAUGUUCAGCAUAUCCUCACCAGAGACAGUGUUCAAACCAUCUUCCUCUCAGACUGCGUGGAAGGGACCGCCGGUGCUCUGGGAGGCUGGAGGUGUAUCAUAACGCUGUGUGGGGCUCAGUCUGUGAUGAUCAGUGGGACAUCAGCGAUGCUCAGGUGGUCUGCAGGCAGCUGGGUUGUGGAGCAGCACUGAGGGCUGAUGGGAAUUCAACCUUUGGUGCUGGUGAAGGUGUUGUGUGGAUGAACAAAGUCGAAUGCAGAGGGAAUGAGAUUCACCUGUGGGACUGUCCCCUCUCCCUGAAUAACCACACUGACUGCUUCCGCAAGAAGCUUGUUACACUCACCUGUGCAGAUUUGUCAGAUUUGUCAGUGUCCACUACUCCUGCCACGACAUCAUCAGUUUCUCCUUCAGUGAAAUCAUUCUCUCCUUCACAAACUCCUCCACCAGAGUCUCUCCCAGUGCUUGUGAUCGUUCUGGGAGUUUUCCUCUUACUGCUCUCAGUGCCACUGCUUAUACUGAUUCAUCAGAACACAGUGAUGAGGAGAGCUCUCUCAAAGAGAAAACACAGGAUGACGAAUGAGGCCCUUUAUGAGGAGAUUCAGCACAGACCCACAAAUAGACACAGUCUCUUCACUCAGAGGGGAAGUUUCCUUUCUGAAGAACAGCAGCCUGGAUAUGAAGAUGCUGAUGAGUUUCUUUCAGAAGAGCAACAAAUCACACCAGAGAACUAUGAUGAUGUAAUCACUGCUGGAGUGAGACAUCAUGCUACAGGUGCCUUACCAGAAAACUAUGAUGAUGUUGUCAUUGUACCGCAGUUUUCCAGUGAUAAACCAGACUAUGAUGAUGUCGAGGAGGUACCAGGAAAACAGGAAGAAACUGAAUAGCUCAAACCACACAAACUGCCUCAAAUACUUUUUAAGCUAUUAAAGUUUUAGGCUUACUAUAUAAGUUUCAUUUGCAAGUCAACAGUGUUUUGGUUACAUUCUGUAUUGAAAUACACAGUUGCAAUUUUUGUUGAAAAAAUAUGCUUUGCUUUCUUGACCUUUUCGAAAUGUGUUUGACA